UUAUAAAUUUAUUACAACUGGCAGCAGCUUGCUGUACCGCCAAAUGUCUGUAUUUAUAACAUCGACGAUCGUGUUUGGUGCUUACAACGGUUUAAUACAUUUUAAGAAAAUAAUGAAAAUAUUGUUUUAAUAUACCUGUGGUUAAUGUAACUAUGUAAAUACUAAGACAAGUGGCAAGUGCUGAGUAGCCGCGUUGAGCGCCUACUGACUAAUUUAAUUUUAAUAUCGUAAUGUCAAAUCAACGCGUCAUUCAUGAUAUAAGAAUAACGACGAACACUGGAAACAUUUAAGUUGGUACAAAAAUACAGAUUAUUCUGUUGAUAAAAUCCGAUCCAUAAUCGCAUAUUCGCUAUUCAAAUUUGCGUAUUCACUAUUCAGCAGUAUUCACUAUUCACACGAGAAUACGAGAUACGUCGUGACAACGUGAAAAACCGGGAACGCGCUGUUCCGAGAACGAUGGUCCGAAUUCGGAGUUGUGAAAAAAUAUUUUAAUGACCCUCUUUAGACUUGGCAGCGUUUGCUAUUUACUAUUCAAUUGGUAGGUAAGCACCUUAAACUUCUGAAGUGUAGUGUUUCGAGUUCGUAGGAAAAACAUGACAACAGUGACGAUUCAUCGGACCUGUAAACUUAGUGCCUAAAUGAAACUCACUGUCAUGGACAUUUCCGUUGGCUUUUUCAGCGUUUUCCUCGCGUUGUUUUCGAUCGUUUAUUAUUACGUGAGAAACAGAUCGUUUGGAUGUUUGCCCUCGUCAACACCAUUGAUCGCCGUCGCCAUUCCGCAAUCGACGGUGCACAUUGGAUCGCCACUGCCCCCGACUGACACCAACGGCGGUGUAUCAACCAGACUUGCCGACAAGUUCCGCGUGUCGGUAAAUCCGUUCACUCCGACCGGUAUUGAAAUAUUGAAAAACAGAAAGAAACGCUUUCCCAGAUCGAAUAACUGCAACAUCGCCAGUUCUGAGAGCGGCGGCAGUGAUGACUGCGAUCAGUCCACCCCACCCGGCAAUAAAACACCUGCUUCCGCCCAUCCAUCUGUCAACAAACGUCUGAAUCGUUUGAUGAACAGUGGCGAGGUGACUAACGUCAGUAUACGUGAAUUGCAGACCUCCCGAUUCCACGAAGAGUUCAGAAUAGACGAGUAUAUCGCCGCCGGUAGUUUCGGUGUCAUAUACAAAUGUACAAAUUUGUUUGACGGAAUACCCUAUGCGAUUAAAAAAAUCAAACAGACAACGUAUAAGAGUACGGAGUAUUUGGUCCGUAAGGAGGUGUACGCAAACUCGGCGUUCGGACGACAUCCAAAUUUGGUUUCGUACUUUACGGCGUGGUACGAGAGGGGUCAUAUUUACAUUCAAACAGAAUUCUGCCAUGGUGGUACCCUGGAACGCAUGAUUCACGAGUCUGAUCAUGUGUUCUGUGACAAUGCUCUAAGGCGAUUGUUGUGGCACGUGUGCAAUGGUCUGGCUCACAUUCAUUCCAAAAAACUUGCUCAUUUGGACAUAAAAGCAGCAAACAUAUUGAUAUGCAAGACUAAUGGGGCAUUGGUGUUUGCUCAUGAUCUAGACGAUGAUGAAGAAAUAAUUGACAAAGAUAUUGUUUACAAGAUAGGUGACUUUGGGCAUACUAUAUGUAUUGAAGAUGUCCGAAGUAUUGAAGAUGGAGAUUCUCGCUAUUUACCUAAAGAACUAUUACGUGACGAUUAUUCUCAGUUGCAGAAAGUUGAUGUGUUUUCUACUGCGCUUACAGUAUACGAGGCUGCAACUCAAAAACAUUUACCUAAAAAUGGACCAGAAUGGCAUCGUUUAAGAAAUGGUGAAUUUUCGUUACCUCAAACUCUCUUUAUAAGUACUAGUCUAGAAAAAUUACUAAAAAAAAUGGUCGAUUUGGAUCCUUCUAAUAGGCCUAGUGCUUCUAAAGUGGUCAAUCUUUUGCUCGAUAGAGGAAUGGCAGCUUCAAAAGAUCAAGAUGAAAUGGAAAUAUUGAAAUUAAAGGCUCAAUUCCUUACACCUUGGUUAAUCGAUUUUAAACCGCCAAGAACAACAAUAUCAGAUAGAGAUUUAUCUUUAAUGACUGACAAUUGUAAGAAAAUUGAAGACUACUGAAAAGGAAAAGACAAAAUCAAAGUAUUAACCUUAUAUAGUUUGAAGUGUUUGAACUAAUAGAUUUGUUUUAAAGUUAAAUUAGUUAUAAUUUUUAGUUUUUUUUUUCUUUAUUCAAAUUUAACUGUUAUGCAAGAAAUUUUAAAAAGCAAUGCUUAGUUAAAAUAAAAAAUUGAAUGAUAAAUAUCAUUCCUUUAUUUGUUAUUUUUAUAGUUACGUAUUUUAUAACAAAAAAACAUAACAAUGCAUUUUCCAGAAAUGUUACCUAUUUAAAAAUCAAAAUUCCAACCAACUACAAAGAAUUUUAAAUGUUAACAUUAACUUAUACAUAAUUAUUAUUGUACCAUGGUUUUAUAAUUGAAUUAGGUAUACCUAAUUAUAUAAUUAAUUAUUUUUUUUAUUAUAUGUCUAUCUGUUUAUUUAAUUUAAUAAAUUUUUUUUUGUUCUAAA